AGUUUAAGAAAUUUUCUAUCGACGGUCACUGUUCUUCGAUAAGUUGUCGACCGCGUUUUAAAAUCCUUCAGGUACCAGCUAAACAAAACAAUUCCUAAAACCAUCAUCAUGUUCGUCUCAUCGGCUGCCCGUAUUGCCCCAGUAGCUCGAAGCCUGGUCUUGAAUGGAACUAAGGCUUACCUUCGACCGAUCAGCAGCGCCGUCAUUUCCCAGAGUCAGAUGCUCGUCGCGCAAGACACAGCGCCCGCCGCUCUGCUGCCACAAGUCCGGUCAUUCCAGACCUCACCUGUCACCCGUGACAUCGAUUCUGCUGCGAAGUUCAUCGGUGCCGGUGCCGCCACUGUUGGAGUCGCCGGAUCUGGUGCCGGAAUCGGAACAGUAUUCGGAUCAUUGAUUAUCGGUUACGCAAGAAACCCAUCUUUGAAACAACAGCUGUUUUCCUAUGCCAUCCUGGGAUUCGCACUUUCUGAGGCCAUGGGUCUUUUCUGUUUGAUGAUGGCCUUCCUGUUGCUCUUCGCUUUCUAAGCACGCGAUCUUCUCUGUGUCUCCCUCCAAAAGCUCGGGGGGGAAAACACAUCAAUGGUGCGUGGGGGCAAGCCCGGUAAUCUUACACAGAAGUUGAAAAGUGCAGCAAAUACAUCCCGAACCAAUUCAUCACAAAGCAACGCAGUCACCGACACAUCCCUGAACAGCAAACCGAAAUCGUAUCGAUUCACAAGAUAGAGAAAAAGAAGAAUUCUGCGGAGGAUUUGAGGAAAGCACGAUCAUGUUCGAGAAUGACAAGUAGGCAGCGGUGCGGCGACUUCAAGAGCAAGAGCAUAGUGGAGGAGAAGCUAGUAUUACGCAUAUUAUACACGCAAUCGGCGACUCUCGUAUAUCGAACACAGCGUUGAAUGGUGUGCUCUGGAAAACUGUCUAUUCCAAAACACACAAGACAAAAACCACAUUUCUCUUCCGCAACGAGCAGGUAACACUAGCCAAUAGAAAAUUUUACCAUCAGCCCCGUGCCGUUGUCCCGUCGCAUAUUCAAGAUGUCACUAAACUCGUAUCUGAAGAGUCUAACGCGGAACUCUGAUCAAGUCACGUAGUCUGGUGGUACAAUACAAGAAUGAUGCGAUACCGAAGCAUACAACAAGCUUACUUCGGCCACCGUGACCAACAAAUGUGCAAAUCCAAAGGAUCUCUGUAAUUGUCGCUAAUAUCCGAUUAUGACGAAAGCGUGUAGUAGUAAUCCAAAACAGUAAAAACGCAACGCAUAUUCGAAAACGGUGAGCAGAGGAAAAUGAAAAUUACGCUAUUUUCAUUACCAAACAUUGCUUCAUACUUGAAUAUCUGCCUUCCACUCUUUUUGAAUGCGUUUACUUUUGGGAGGAUUUAAACGCAUUUUGUUGAAGAGAGGACGUAGAGUAAUUCUAGUGCGUGUUUGCAACUGUUUGUCGUAAGCAUGAAUGCGUUGUUCACUUUUCCUAUCACAACAUCUCCAUUUUCAACGGUAUAUGCUUUGAAAAACCAACAUAAAGAGAAAAAUUCCAAAAUAACGAAACGAAUAACAGCAUCCGCGGAAAGAAAAGCAUCUUAAAUUGUGGUGAUCCAAAAGGAAUAAAGAAAGAGACUAGUUACUGGUACAACACUGUA